AUGGGCACCACAAACAACUUGAACGACGUGCACAGCGCAAGCGGAGUAGGCUACAUAAACAAGUACGAUGUGCAAAACUAUGGUAGUGUUCCCAAUAUGGAAAGAAGCAAAAGGGAGUACCUCCCCGUUGGUAACCCAAACAUGGAGGUCUUUCAUUCGCUGAAGUAUGAAAAUAAUAUUUACAUGAAUCCAGGGGAAGGGGGGAACAUUCCUACGGCAGAACCGUUCGUUACGAAUAGCCCAAGUGAUAACUGCAGUGAUACGCGCAACGUGGAUCCCCCGCACACGGUGGACGGCCUCUUCAGCGCCAACAAAUAUAAAGUGAAAAAAAUAAAAGAGACGCACAGCAUCAGUGCAGACUACACGCAGAAAAAAAACUUAACCAGCAUCCUUCCUUUUGGGAAAAUUAUGGAAGAAUACGAAAUAAAAAAUUUGUAUCCUCAAAGCAAAGUGCAAGAAUUGUAUAACCAUCAGAAUGUGUAUGAGGAAAGGGGGAGGUAUAAUUUGAUGCCCCUAAAUGGGAAUGUCGCUAAUGGGACUAUGAGAAAGGACCUCAGUGUGGAUUCCUCAGAUGGGUCUUCCCCCUAUUUGUCGAAAGGUAGUACUCUACUAUAUGGUGGACAGUACACGUACGGGACGAACGUCGACUCGAGUAGCUUUGGUGCUCCGAACGGGGUGAAGGAGAGGCACAUCCCUGCGGUCACCUCCGGGCAGGUCGGCCAAAUGGGCUACACCACAAAUGGAAUGGACCCUAACGUUAACAGAGUGAAUCAGGGAUUGCCCCUCCAAGUGACGCCGAACGAGCAGGUCCAAAUGAACCAAGCAGGAACGGGCCACCCAGGAGAGGAAACCAUUCAAAGGGAGAUGCAAAACAUGAAAGCAGGAGAAAAAGAAAAAGUCGGGGUACCCCCUCACAACGAGUGGGAACAGAACGAACAGUACACUCAAAACAACCUACUCGAAAUGUACGACCAUAAACAGAAUAAAAAAGUGAUCUACUAUGCUGUGAAGAAUCACUACGACCCCACCAAGGAAAUGCACAAAAAGGAAAAGGAAAAGGAAAGAGAAAAGGGGAACUACCCACCGGAUCGGAACAACUUAUACCAAAAUGACAUAUACGACUAUUUGCUGCAUCAUUAUGAAAAAAAUUACAAACACAUUUUUGACGGCAGAUAUAUGGACCAGGCAGUUUUUAAGGGAGAACCGAAGGAGUUUCUAGCCAAGCAGACAGAUCCACCACAUAGCAUCUCACCUGAUGGAAACAAAAGUAGAGACAACAGUGGGACAUACAUCUCAGGGGGGACACUCAACGCAAAAAAUGAUCAUAACGAUGGUGAUCAGGUCAAUUCGAAAGGGAAAAAUGGAAAUGCCAUUCCUCGUGGCGGUGAAGAGGGAAAUCAAAACAACCUCGCAGAAGGGGUAAUAUCGGAUAAACUUAAAGGAACCCAUCUGUGUAGUAAGAACAACUACAGUGUAGACGUAAACACGAUGGAGGAGGUGACCCCCCUAAAUGGAAGAGAAGACAACACAUAUCAGAGCAACGUCGAGAUUUCCAACCUGUGUGAUGAGGACGCCAUGGAUUUAUAUAAAAAUAUCGGCGAGGUGUACACGUCCAGGCCGAAGUUGUUUGUGUAUUCUGUGAAGGAAGGCACGGGGGGGGAAAGACAACCCAUGGGGGGAAGUACCAUCGAUGAGGUUGUGCCCAGAGUGGAAACCCAUCUCAACGAUCUGCCCCUCCAAAUAAAUAAAGAAAUGAAGAAAAUUUUCAACCGAAUGAAGCAUAAAAACACAGUUGUGAUAAGCAACGUGGGGGUCAAGACGGGAUCUUCCACCUUCUCCAAUCACAUCCUAAACAGCACCCAGGAGCGGGGCUUCUUCGGGGGAGCGGCCGACCAGAAGAACUGCAUCUACGCGCAUGUCAUGGCUAGCCCGAACAAAAUCAACUACGUCUAUUUGGACUAUAAUUUGAUGCUCCGGGGGGGAAGAAGCAAGAGUGGGGAUAGGAUCAAACGGGGUGAUAGAAUGAAACGCCAUGAUAGUGUCAAGCGUGACCGUAGAAGCAGGAGCGUCGGGAGAAGCAGUUGUGGGGAUCUACCCAACGGAGUAAAUACACUCAUCGCACUUUCGUUUUACCUCUCAAACAUCAUCAUCUUUCACAUUAACAGGGAGAGCUGUUCGAAGGCGUUCGGUCUGUUGGCACAGUACUACGAUGUGGUGAGGCAUAUUAAGGAGCAUUUGAAGCGGAGAAGGGAAAAGUGCGCGAAGGAGGAGAUGGGAAAAGACGUGUGGGGGGCGAGCAGAAGUGGAAGCAAAAUCGAUAGCAAAAGUGGAAACAGUGGGCAUAGAAACAGCCUCAGCCAAAGCGACGAAAACUAUGACGAGGACAACAACUUCAGCGUCCCCUAUUUCGUGUUCGUGUUGCGGGACACGACCCUGGGGAGGCAAUCCGGGGCAGACAUGCGGGAAGAAGACGGACCGAGCAAAUUACCCUCAAGGAAGUCUCUCACGAAGGAAGUGGAAUCGAAGAAAAUAAGCCAUAAUGUUCCCCCCACGGGCGAUGUUCAAAGCGCACACGCACAACAACUGUUGGAGCAACUAAUCGAAACGGUGCAAAACCCAGUGGUGCAGAAAAAGGUAAAGUAUCUACUAAAAUUCCUGGCGAAGAAAAGUCUGUUCCAUUUACCCCCCCCGAAGGAGAAAUACAAAGAAGAAUAUGCAAUACAAAUGAGUAAAAUCAAAAAAGACAUUUUCAUAAAUGGAAAAAAUGUAGAAAACAUGUACCCCAACAAUGGGAUAUACGUGUAUAAGUAUCUAAACAUGCUGACCUACACAAUUAAUAGGGGGAUGUUUUACACGCCCAAUUAUUUGAAAAAAAAAAUGGAAAGUUGCGAAUGUAAGACGUUACACAAUGUAUUGACGGAUAAUUUCCUCUUCCACGUCAGGAGAAGAAUAGAAAAUAAACUUCCCAUGAAGCCUAACCUAUUCCUAACCCUAAUCAAUGACAUAAAGAUAGAAUUCCUCCUCAGCUUCGAAACCCUCUGCAUAGGCAAUACAAAGUUGAAAAGGAAGUAUAAAAAUAAACUCUGCCAGAAUAUUGAUGUGAUUGUACUGAAAGCCUAUAAAGAGAAUAUCGCCUUCAGCUGCUUCACCUUUUUUAACAUUAUAGAUAAGAAAAUUAGCAAGCUUCAAAUAUAUAGCAAAAUUGACAGACGGAAAUAUGACCACUUUGACCAGCUCAGAAAAGACAUAGAAAAUAUUAACGAUGGGUCUAUUGACAAUCUUAUAUACAAUGAGAUUCUUGGGAUAAAGAAGGAGGAAAUUCUCACCCACUUUAUUAAGACUUACUAUAGCGGGUUUGCUGCAAGGAAGGGCUUAUCCUUCGUUAAGGGCGAGGAGGAAAAUGAAGGGGAAAACCAGCAUAUAUAUCAUACCCCUUCUGGGGGACCUACCAAAGCGAUGAAAAAGAACAGCUACAAUUCCGAUUCGACUGUCGACCCGGGUCAAUUUGCGGACCCAUUUAAUCACCAAAGAAGUCGAAGAAGUGUCAGCGGGGUUCGCCUUUCUCAUAUGCAUACCAGUGCAUCCUCCACAUUGCUACGCAGGGGAAGCCGCCACCACAGUGAGAAGGCAUUCCACAGGGGAGAAAGCUUAUCCUCAAAUGGGAAACAGUCCCCCAAUUAUGGAGCAAAAAAGCAUGCCCAGGGGAAUAAGUACAAAUCGGUUGAACAUUCCCAUAGGGGAAAUGAUUCCUCGCAUGAAAGCUCAGACGAAAGUCACCACCAGAAAGGUCCAAAGGACGCCGCCGAUGGUAGACGGGGGAAGAAGCCCUCCAGGAAGACUCUCCACAAAUUCAAGUCCGACGUGGGAUUGCAAAACGAACGAAAGGUAAAAAUGAUCCAGGAACUCCAACUGGGGGACGAUAAAAUAUCAAAGAAGUACCACAGUGUUGAUUAUAAGAAUGCACUUUCGGGGUACGUUCACCAAAAUGAGGGGAGCGAAUCCAAUUCGGAUGAGCCAUCCAAUCAUGGAGGGGCGCCUUCCCAACACGCCGGGGUGCAAACCUGGCCAAACACAACAGAACGAAUUAACAAGCAGGAAAAACAACGCCAAAAGAAGAGAUAA